AAUCACUAUGACUGUUAGCUCUAUGCCAAAAGACUCGAUCUCAAAGUGAAUAGCUCAAAAAUACCCGGAAUUAGAAGGAAAAACGAAAGAGUUGUUGAGGUAUUCUUACCUUCUGCUAGCUGUAGUUUUCAAUGGCUAUUAACCUUGAUGGUUUUAGAUCUUCCAUAUAAACAGAAAACAGCUUAGACACUAAGUAUCAAAUUUGGAGGAUGUCCUAUUGGAAGUAAUAAACUGGUCCAAACUUAUGAUAGUGGCUGGUGGGGUCGUGCGACACCCAAAUACAGAAUCUGAUUGCUAUGGCUUCUAUAGUACGAAAAACUCCAUGUCAGCCCACAAGAUAGGUUAUUCCCCAAAUGAAAUAUCAGGUCAAAACCUUGACGAAACUUUAUCACACAAUUUCUAAAAUGGCACAAUAUUCACAACAAACCAAACCAAUUAGAACUGCAGGGUGUUUGAUAAUCGGUGAUGAAAUCUUGAAUGGAAAAAUCUUGGACACAAACUCCUACAAUUUCGCCCGGUAUUGCUUUAACAACCUAUCAAUUCCAUUGAAACGAACAAUUGUAUGUGGCGAUAGCGAAAAAGAUAUAAUAGAUUCUUUAAAUAUUCUUCUCAAACAAGAUAAACUUGAUUUUGUUGUUACCUCCGGGGGAUUAGGUAGUACUCACGACGAUAUCACUUAUAAGGUUAUUUCCGAUUAUUUCAAUUUAGAUUAUGGCAUUGAUCAAGAAGUUGUAGACAGAAUGCAUAGAGUGAGAGGAGAUCACCUUGAUAAACUCAAACCAGAUCAAUUAUCAGCAUUUUAUAAAAUGGCAACUUUGCCAAUAGAGAAAAACCAAUCGUCGACAAAGGUUGAGAAGUACUUCGUUGGGGAAGAUUUGUGGUUUCCACUAGUUGCCUUGAACGAGCAAGUGUAUGUCCUCCCAGGUAUACCUCAGUUAUUUACUAGAUUAAUCAAUGAGAUGGAGCCCUACCUAAAAUCAAGGAUAAAACCAAGCGCUUAUACACGGAAGUAUGUACAAACAACAACCAGUGAAAGCGAACUAGCUCCGUUCUUAUCUUCUCUUCAAGACAGAUGUAAUGCUCGAUAUGGUACAGAGGUUGUUAAACUCGGAAGCUACCCCCACAUGAAUUGGCGUAUAAAUACAAUUAGCAUUAUUGGAAGUGAUAUCAGCAAUGCAGAAUUGCAACAAAUAGUGGAAGAGUUAGUCCAAAACAUUGGAGGGGAAGCAAAAGAAAUUACUCAAGAGCAAGAAGAUUACUUAACAAAUGAAGAUCCAAAAUGAUAAAAUAAUGCAAUAAUGACGCUUAAGAAAACCUUCUGCAUGAAACUAUGUCCUCAUAAUAACUAUUCAAGAAGUACUGCCUGGAUCAAAAGAGUGCCUGAAGGAGAAUAUUGUGGGGUUAUUCUUACAUCUCCCCUUGCAUCUAAAAAAUUCUAUAUUGUAUAAUAAUAUAUAGUAUACGUCACAAAGUAGUCCAACAUUAGCAUUUC